CUUUCCUCUACUCUUCCUCCGCUUCUCUUAACUGCAAAGUUACCCGAGUCCUCUCUCUCUCUCUCUCGCCCUCUCUCGAAAUCGAUCGCCUCUUUCCCCAAUUUUGCCCUAAAUUUCUCUAAAAUCUAAUCUAAUCCCGUUGAAUUCUAAGAAGAGAAAAAUAUCAUGGGGAGCGAGUCAGAGCCAGCGAAACUCUUGCUUCCGUUUCUUCAGCGAGCGGACGAGCUCCAGAAGCACGAGCCUCUCGUCGCAUACUACUGUCGAUUGUAUGCGAUGGAGAAAGGGCUUAAGAUCCCACAGAAGGAGCGAACAAAGACCACUAAUUCCAUUCUGAUCUCGCUCAUGAAUCAGCUCGAAAAGGAUAAGAAAUCGUUAAAGUUAGGCCCAGAAGAUUACCUGUACGUGGAAGGCUUUGCCUCAAACGUGUUUGCAAAGGCUGAUAAGCAAGACCGGGCUGGACGAGCUGACCUGAAUACGGCAAAAACAUUCUAUGCUGCAAGCAUCUUCUUUGAGAUUUUGAACCAGUUUGGUGAACUUCAGCCUGAUAUUGAGCAGAAGCUAAAGUAUGCUGUCUGGAAAGCAGCAGAUAUAAGAAAAGCUAUGAAGGAAGGACGGAAGCCAGAGCCUGGACCUCCAGGUGGUGAUAAAGAUUUAUCACUGCCCUCGAGUUCUCCAACUAGCGCAUAUGAUAUCGGAUCAAAUGAGAGCUUUUCUACUUCCAAGCCGGUCGCUGGUUCACCAUCUCAGCAUGUAGAAAAGGAUUUUGGCAGAAGCGAAAGCUUCCAAAACAACUACACAGGUGCUGAUCUACCAUCACAGCCUUUAGACAGGGUCAAUUCCUACAAUGCUUCACAUCCACCUGCCUCGCCUUCUACUUACCCAACCAAUGAUUAUCCUCCCGGAGGUUAUCACCAACCUUCCCCGUCUAACAGUUACCAACCUCCCCCAUCUGGUACUCCAGAUAUCUCCAGCUAUCCUCAACACUACCACUCUCAAUCCUAUCCAAAUGAUCAGCAGCCAAUCUCUCAAAAUUACCAUCCAGAAAAUCCCAGCCCUCCAUAUUCUUGCCCUAAUUUCCAAACCUACCCGAGUUUCCAUGAUACCUCAUUUCCUGCUGCUCCAACUCACCAGCCUUCGUACUAUCAUGAUGCUGAUGCUUCCUUCUCUCGUCAGUCAUCUGCUCCUUCUGUACCAAACUAUCCAUCACAAGCGAUGAAGUAUGAUUCUGGUGCUGGGAAUGGUAAUCAUGUUGCUCCUCAAGCUCCACCUCCUGCUGCUCCAACUUAUACAUAUGACAGCAAUUAUCAGCCGCCUGUAGAGAAAAUAUAUGAGGCUCAUAAGGCAGCUAGGUUUGCAGUUGGGGCCCUGGCAUUUGAUGAUGUUCCUGUCGCAGUGGAAUUUCUAAGGAAAUCACUUGAACUUCUGACCAAUCCUUCAGCUCAAACCCCCUGAGAAGUGUUGGCUUGCUGUUUUGUCUGAAACUCGGUGGUCAUGUACAUGCUUAUGGUUGUGUUCGUGAGAGUUAAUACGUGUUACUUUACUUGCGAAAGAACGUACUGCAUUACAUUUUUUCUGGUUGUAUCUGCCUAUCCUUGAAAUUGAAUAAGGUGAUCUUUGAUGUCGUUACUUUAUAUGUUAUCACGAGUUUUAUGUCCGAGUGAUUCUAAAAAAUGUUCCUGUUGCUGUGGAGUUUUAAGACGGACUGCAGAAUUUAUUCA